AUGUCGCUAUCAACGAUGAGAAGACGAAAUUCGGAGUCGAGGGCGGCGGACACGCAACCUGGAGCAAAUCAACGUGAAGGUCAAGCUCGCGGUCCAACCCCUCGGCAAUCAGAUGGUCGGAGAGAUGGUGAACGACUGGGGCUUGGAGUGGCAGACAGGCGGCUAAACGCUUUGUUGGAGGAGGAGCGGGCUAGGGCUGCAUCUUUGCCAGUUCAACCAGGAAUGAGACGAUUAGAGAUCUCUGAUGGAGGAAGGUGGUGGUGGGCAGUUGGUUGGACGUCCUCUAUGGAGAAGUUCGAGAUGCUCUUAGCGAUCCACGUGCGGAAGCAUUGGGUCUUGGGGCGCUACAAGAUGCGGUUCGGCAUUCUUUUGGACUGUUGCAGCAAGCACUUGGACGUCAUCCUCAAGAACAAGGUCUUCUUGGUCCUCUAUUUGGGGGGAAUGAUCCGGGAGUCAGACAAGGAGUUGUUGCCAACACCGGAGGGGCUCGUGGUGCCGAAGUUGAUCGUUCCGGACAUAGGUGGCCAAGAUGCUAGCGGUUCACGACGGCAUGAUCAGUUGCAGACCCCUGGAACGGUUCAGUCAGCAAGUCGUCAUGGAGUGGAACCUCGAAUUUUGGACCCCUAUGGAUCCCCACAUCAACAUCAAGUGAACCCUUUUUGGAGUGAGGGACUGCAGCGUUCAGUUCGAGGCCAUGAUGAUCGGCCUGCAGUCGCUGGAAACGAUGGCAGUUCAGGUUUUGAUGCGGAGAUUGAGAAGUUGAAGGAGAAAUGUUUGAGAGAUGCAGAAGAACCUUUUGCACGCGAGGUGAAGAAGCUUGGGUUGGGUGAGAAGACCGAGGCGGAGUCGUACCAUACAGCUUCCAGUUCAAUGGGUGCUCAGAAUGCGAAGGCGCCGAAUGGGAGUGAUGGUAGCCGGCCCGAUGGUCUUCCUCAUGGUGCAGCUCAAGGUCCAGAACCUCCAACUGGUUUGGCAUCAGCGCGGAUUGGUUUUGAUGGGACGGCAGGUCCAGCAGUUUCAGAAUCUCUUCGUCACUUGGAGCUGCCGCGCUUGCCAGUGGUUGGAUCGGAGGGAGCAGCUUUGCAGUUUGGAGACUGGCUUACAAUGGCUACACCCCUCAUGUCGGACCUUGGAUCUUUGUCAAAGGUGUGGUGGGAGCGAACCUUGGAGGUGGCUGAGGAUUUUUAUGGGCGAUGGCUUGAGCCAACGCCUUUGGAGCGUCUUCGCCUCAAGCCCACCGUGGAGGUGGACCCAGUGUACAUGCGUUUGGAGCAGCGUGGAAUUUCGAUGUUGUUGCGGAUUCUUCCUGAAGCUGUUAGACGUGACAUUGUGGGUGCUCGCAAUGUGUCGACAGUGUCAAUUUUGUACCGUCUCUUCGUGGGGGCAGAAAGGACGUUGUUGCUGAAAUCUUUGACAGAGGUUCGGGUGGGCACUACGCUUCAUGAUGUGCUUCGCACUAUCCGUCUUUGGAGGAGAUGGGUUGGCCGGGCAUUGGAGCUGAGCGUUACCGUUCCAGACUCUUUGAUUCUCAUGCAGGUGCUGGGGAAGAUGUCGGAUGCCGUGGGGAAGCUUGGAGGAGCUCAAGCGUCGUACUGA